AAAACUUACACUUGGCAGCCACAUGCGUACAUGCAAGAUGCCAGUGAAGGAAAAGCAGGUCCAACCUUAGAAAACCCACCAUAGUAAAGUCUCAUAACUAACCUACUGUCAUUUUUCAAGAACUCGGAAUGACUUGAUGUAGUUAAAACAAUGGCGGCUCCAGCUGUUCGCAUGUUUCGGAGGGUAGAGGGUCUGUUUUGUGUGUACAAACCCUCCGGUGUCCACUGGAAACUCGUACGGGACAACAUCGAGACAAAGCUCCUUAAAGGUUUAAAUGCAGCACCGUCCCAGCCGUGUCCUCAAGAGGUUCGCUUCUUGGCACAGCCAGGCGGUGAUGCUGAGGCACCCAAGGGCCUCACACUGUCUGUAGCCUCUGUUCCUGCGCUGUCCAAACACCCUCUGGUUACUGGACCUGAAUUUCAGUAUCUUCAGGUUGGAGUAGGACAUCGCCUGGAUGCCUUUUCCUCUGGUGUUCUAGUUCUUGCAGUUGGGAAUGGAAAUAAGAUCCUGAAUGAUCUCUACAGAACACGAAUCACAAGGGACUACACACUGGAGGGUGAGUUUGGGAUCGCAACAGAUGAUUUCUCUCACAUGGGUCAUGUUGUGGAAAGGUCCACCUAUGGCCACAUCACACAGGAUAAGCUGGACAGAGUGCUGGCAAUGCUGCAGGGAGCCAACCAGAAGUCCUUGUUAAUGUAUUCCAAUGUAGACAUGCGCUCACAGGAAGCUUAUGAGAUGGCUGUGCAAGGUUUACUGGGUCCAGAUGGGAAAUCAGCGCCUAUUUUGACAGGCCUGCGUUGCAUUCGCUUCGAGCCCCCCAACUUCACUAUAGAGGUGCAGUGCCUAAAUGAAACUCAGAAGUAUUUGCGCAAAGUUGUGCACGAGAUAGGACUUGAGCUGCGCAGCACAGCAGUAUGUAAAGGAGUCAGACGGACCAGAGACGGACCCUUCACACUGCAGGAUGCCCUGACACGUCAUCACUGGACUGCCUCUGAUAUCAUGCAGGCCAUCCAACAGUACAAAUCCUCUAAAAAAAAUAAAAACUACUCCCGAUCAAAGGUCAAGGAACCAGGAUUACACCCACUGGAAGAGAAUACGACAGAUAGUCAGCAAAAUGAAACCAACGUGGAAGCAGUGGCAGCAGGUAGAACUGAAUAACUUGUUGCUGUGACCAGCAGCCACUCUGACAGAUAAACAGAUAACUAACAUUUCACAAAAUAUUACUGCUCUACAGUGACUCUGAUCCUGCACACUGCAUCACUUUGAGUUUAGCUCAGCUGGAAAAGAGAUUUGCCAGGCCAGAGAUUCUGGUUUCCAAAAGAUAGAGUAAGCAUCAAUGUGGACACAUUUCAUUACAUUAUACAUUUGGUUAAUAUGCAAAUUUCUCUCCAUCUAUCAUAUCAUCUUAUCAUAUCAUCUUAUCAUAUAAAUGUUCCAGUGUUUUCAGCAUUGUUUUGCACUUAAUUUUGUAUUUUAUCUAUUUACCAAAUAUUUAUAUAAAAGUAAACUAAAAAAUAAUUUGACCACAAUUCUUAACAUUUCUGUUGUUCGACUGUGCUGGCAUUUGAUAAUUUGAGCUUAUUUCAACAUGUACAGACAGAAUGUGUAAUAGUGCAUUUAUACAAAGCAGCUGGCGCCAUGUAUGACAAGUGAAGAUAAAUCAACAGUCUGUAGAUGAGAUGAUUCACCUGCUUCAUCAGCACAAAUACUCCCCCAGGUGGCUCAAGGUCACAGACACUUUUAUCUCAAAGAUGUUUCUGAUAUUGUUUUAAAUCAGUCAUCUCCAGGACAGCAGUAAUGUUUAGACAAAGUGGACUGAUCCUGUCCACGUGUUUAAAGAACCGUCUGAUCCCUUCUGUGGUUGAUCGUCUCUGUUGUCAUGCCAGUCAGCUCUCCCACUGUGAGCAGUAACAGAUCCUCUGUCAUACAGGAGAAAGAAAUAUUGACGGCAACAGUAACUUUAACAUUACUCCUGAUAUACAAUGUAAAACUGAACUCUUAACCUUAAUCUUUAACCCUCAAAGGUUUUUGGUAGCAGUUUAGUUUACAGGUCUGUAAGUUCCCAGGAGGUUUCCAGUACAUUGUUACAAAAGUGGGAAUUUCCUUGAGUAAUGUCAUGUAAUACUUUAUUAAAACUUUAUUCUUCAGAUAUAUAGAAUUGUAUGGUUGUCUUAAGACAGAUUUGACCUUUUUGUUCCUUCUUGCUUUCACUAAAAGAAUUUUAUCUUACAA